AUGUCAGGGCCCCAGGGCCCGGCGGAAGCACUGAGCGACCAAGGACCCGGUGACCUUGGAGCUGCUCACCUGGAAAGCUCACUGGGCUCGCAGUUCCCGUGUCCUGUUUGCGGCGAGCAGACAGCGAUCUCGGAAGCAGGAGUCAAGGUGGACCGCGUCUUGAAGCUCGUGGUGGAGACAUUUCAGCAGACGAAGGACGGCGAAGCGCCGCCAAAGUGCGGGCACUGCGAGGAAAAGCUGGCCUCACAGCGAUGCCUGACGUGCGAUGGAGUUCUGUGCGAGGACUGCGUGCAAGCCACGCACUCAAGAGGCUACUUCCGCAGCCACCAGAUCGUUGACCUCCGGAAUGCCGCCGGUCAAGUCUCCUCCAGGAUGGUCUGCCAGGAGCACUCCCAGAGCUUAGAUUUCUAUUGCCUGGAAUGCCGAAGUCCUGUCUGCUCGCACUGUUCAAUCUUCGGGGAACAUCGAGAUCACCAAAAGACGAACUUGGACAAGGCAGUUCAGACCGGGAAGGAGACUCUCCAGGCAUGGAUCGACCGGCUGAGCCAGCGCAUCAGUAGCGCCGAGGUGCUGUUGGAAGCCUUCCAGGAAGCGGACAAGGAGAUCACGCAGAGGGGGGAAGCUCAACGGGCCAUCGUGAAUAACGAGAUGGACCACUUAAGGGAGCUCAUCGAGACGAAGCGGCGCCAACUUCUGCAGAAAUCAGCCCUGGAGGAGAAGCAGAAGCGUGUGCAGCUGCAGGCACAAGUCAAUCGAGCUGAAGGAAUCCGCAGCGAAGCCAAAGGCUUCGUGGACCGCUCCGAGGGCCUCCUGAAAUUGGACAGCGAGCACGCGUUUCUGGCUGUGGUGCUGCCUUUGAUCCAGGACAUGAAAGUUUGCGCUGGCACGGCUGUUGAUAACAACCGGCACAUCUCGACUGCUUUCCGGCCCCUUUCUACGGACGCUCAGGUCCGAGUUCUGGGAGAUCUCGAUCUUGGCCAUCGUCUUCAACCGGUUCCCAUGCUGGCCGGCCCCUGCCAAUCGCUUGAGCCAGCGCCGUUUGUGCCCCAAUCGUACCAGCAGCCCAACCGGGAGCCCUAUGUCCAGGGCCCAGCCCAGCACCCCCCGGCUGCUGCCCCGAACGGCGGCACGGCGCACUUGCCGCCGACAGCGGCCGCGCUCAACGGUGCUUUUGCCCAGGUCGCCUCCCACGUCCAGCUGGUCUACAGAGCUUCUGUUUAUCCAACGUAG